UCCGCCCCGCGCCGCCGCUUCCGCCGCCGGGUGAGGGGGCGCGCGUGGCCGCCGCCGCCGCCGCCCCGCUUCCGGGGCCGCCGAGUGUCCGGGCAUGGAGCCGGAGUGACGGGCCCUCCGCCACCACCGCGGGAGCUCCACCGCCACCCGGGUUUCCUGUCCUGCCCAGCUUGCUGAGUAGUUAAUGCAGAAGAUAAAGAGGGUUCGUCUGGAAAACGAGACUGCAGGAAGCUGGAGAAGUUUUUUGUCCAGUUCUGAAGGGGAAGAGAGGAUGACUGCAGUGGACACACUAUCGGACAGCUCUGAAGUGGUCGAGAUGGAGGAUGUGCCUUCCCAAUUCCAGGUGCAAAAGCAUUCUUGGGAUGGGCUGCGUGACAUUAUUCACAGCAGCAGGAAGUAUUCGGGCAUGAUAGUGAACAAAGCUCCCCAUGAUUUCCAGUUUGUCCGGAAAACAGAAGAGUCCAGCCCGCACUCUCAUCGUCUUUAUUACCUGGGAAUGCCAUAUGGUAGCCGUGAGAACUCCCUUCUUUACUCAGAGAUUCCCAAAAAGGUACGGAAGGAGGCCUUGCUGCUCUUGUCGUGGAAGCAGAUGCUGGAUCACUUUCAGGCAACACCUCACCAUGGGAUGUAUUCUAGAGAAGAGGAACUCUUGAGGGAACGCAAGCGACUUGGUGUCUUUGGUAUAACUUCGUAUGAUUUCCACAGAGAGAGUGGCCUCUUCCUCUUCCAGGCCAGCAACAGCCUCUUUCACUGUCGAGAUGGGGGCAAGAAUGGUUUCAUGGUGUCUCCAAUGAAGCCUCUGGAGAUCAAGACACAGUGCACGGGGCCACGAAUGGAUCCCAAGAUCUGUCCUGCCGACCCGGCCUUCUUUUCGUUCAUUAAUAACAAUGAUCUGUGGGUAGCGAAUAUUGAGACAGGAGAGGAGAAGCGGAUGACGUACUGCCAUAAAGGUUUAUCCAAUGUUCUUGAUGACCCCAAAUCUGCUGGCGUAGCCACUUUUGUCAUUCAGGAGGAGUUUGAUCGGUUCACGGGCUAUUGGUGGUGUCCCACAGCUUCCACAGAAGGUUCAGAGGAUUUAAAAACUCUGCGGAUCCUGUAUGAGGAAGUGGAUGAGUCAGAAGUGGAGAUAAUUCAUGUUCCUUCACCUGCCCUUGAGGAGAGAAAAACAGACUCCUAUCGGUACCCCAGGACAGGCAGCAAAAACCCCAAGAUUACGUUAAAACUGGCAGAAUUUAAAACAGACGCCAAGGGUAAGAUCGUGUGCGCUCAGGACAAGGAGCUGGUGCAACCGUUUGCUGCAUUGUUUCCGACCGUGGAGUACAUUGCCCGUGCCGGAUGGACCCGAGAUGGCAAAUAUGCCUGGGCUAUGUUCCUAGACAGACCUCAGCAGCGGCUGCAGCUAAUCCUUUUGCCUCCAGCACUCUUUAUCCCAGUCCCAGAAAAUGAGGAGCAGCGUGCUGAAUUUGCCAAAACUGUGCCAGAAAAUGUCCAGCCAUUUGUGAUCUAUGAAGAAACCACUGAUGUGUGGAUAAAUGUUCACGAUAUCUUCUAUCCUUUCAUCCAACCGGAGGGAGAGGAGGAAGAGCUCUGCUUUAUCCGAGCCAACGAAUGCAAAACGGGUUUCUGUCACCUGUACAGAGUCACAGCAGUCCUCAAGCAAGGCAGCUACGACUGGGUGCAGCCCUAUGUCCACAGCGAGGAUGAUUUCAAAUGUCCUAUCAAGGAGGAAAUUGCCCUGACCAGUGGGGAAUGGGAGGUGUUGUCGAGGCAUGGAUCGAAGAUCUGGGUCAAUGAGGCCACGAAGCUGGUGUAUUUCCAAGGCACAAAGGACACCCCGCUGGAGCACCACCUCUAUGUAGUCAGCUAUGAGUCUCCUGGAGAAAUCGUGCGGCUCACCACACCGGGUUUCUCCCACAGCUGUUCGAUGAGCCAGAACUUUGAUAUGUUCAUCAGCCACUACAGCAGCGUCAGCACUCCUCCUUGCGUGCAUGUCUACAAGCUCAGUGGCUCCGAUGAGGACCCGCUCCACAAGCAGCCCAAGUUCUGGGCGAGCAUGAUGGAGGCAGCCAGUUGUCCCCCAGAUUACAUCCCACCUGAGAUCUUUCACUUCCGCACGCAGUCAGAUGUCGAGCUCUAUGGAAUGAUCUACAAACCUCACGAUGUCCAACCUGGGAAGAAGCAUCCCACAGUUCUCUUUGUAUACGGGGGCCCUCAGGUGCAGCUAGUGAAUAACUCCUUCAAAGGAAUCAAGUACUUACGGUUAAACACACUCGCAUCGCUCGGCUAUGCUGUGGUAGUGAUUGAUGGAAGGGGUUCGUGCCAGCGAGGUCUCAAAUUUGAAGGGGCCCUGAAAAACCAAAUGGGUCAGGUGGAGAUAGAGGACCAGGUGGAAGGUUUACAUUACGUAGCAGAAAAAUACGGGUUCAUUGACUUGAGUCGGGUGGCCAUACACGGCUGGUCCUACGGGGGCUUCCUCUCCCUCAUGGGUCUUAUCUGCAAACCCAAUGUCUUCAAGAUUGCUAUAGCAGGUGCUCCUGUCACAGUUUGGAUGGCAUACGACACCGGCUACACUGAGCGGUACAUGGAUAUCCCGGAAAACAACCAGCAGGGUUACGAGGCGGGCUCUGUGGCAUUACACGUAGAAAAGCUUCCCAACGAGCCAAAUCGUUUGCUGAUCCUCCAUGGCUUUUUGGAUGAAAACGUGCACUUUUUUCACACCAACUUCCUGGUAUCACAGCUAAUCCGGGCUGGAAAACCUUACCAGCUCCAGAUCUACCCCAACGAGAGACACAGUAUUCGGUGCCCUGAGUCAGGGGAGCACUACGAAAUCACGCUGCUGCACUUUCUACAAGAAUACCUCUGAGAGCACAAGCCUCUGCAAACCGGACACUGACAGCUCACCGUCCCCUCCUGUGCCCUGCCGCUGCCGCCUCCCUCGACAGCCAUCAAACCCAGAGCGUGAACGGCUGCGUGCCCGCGUCCAGGCUGGGUAUAUCCCCCCCCAGGCGAUGGGGGAGGCUGGAGGGCACCUUCCCUUUGGACAGUGCCACCUUCUUUCACUUUCCAAGCUGGAGGUCUGCCCCUGCUCGGCUGCUCGCCCUCUUCUUCUUCUCCUCCGGCCUGGCUGUAACGCUUUUUUUGCUGCUACUCCCUCUAUCCUGGGAAUCAAUGGACAGUAGUCUGUCUCCCAAGGCUGAGGUUGGUGUCCAUCUCUCUCCCCUCAUCCUUUUCCCCUUCCCGCUGCACCUUUGCAGUUCCCACACUUUUACCUGCAAGAACUCAGUGCCUGUGUUGGAAACGGAAGAGCCGAAUCAGCAAGCUGCCUUAAGCCAGGAGCAGGAGGGACGAGGGAACUACCUGCUGUGGAGCCCUGGGGGAGAGGUGAUGGCGACUGCUGCUGUGUCCUGGCCCCGCUGUGACCACGGGGAGCCCUGGGCUGUGCAGAGCGCUCUACGCGAGCGUGCAACCCUAUAGCCUUGUCUAUCUUCCGGUUUGAUUUUUGCAGAGCAGAUGGAGGAAGGGGCUGGGGUCGGUACCUGCGCCCCCUGCUCCCUUUCUCUAAUGGCCGCUCACAAAGCAGAGUUGUGCCAAUGGGUAUCCCGGCAGCUGGCUACGACUGGAGAGCCUCUCUCCAGAGAACACAGCAGCAGCAGGGGUUUGACGACAUGAGAUGGGUGAUAUUUAUGCAAACCCUCCCUCUCUCCGUUCUCUGUGCCGCCUCCCAAUCCCACCUUCUCCUUCCCCGGUGCCCCUGAGCUUUCGGAUGUGCACUGACAUUGGCUGUGCUUCAGUUCUCUGCGGGUCAGUGACUGCUCCCCGUGCCCGUCUACUCAGCAAAACGCUCUCUUCUGGUUUUUAUUUACCUGGUCAACAGGAACUGCAGUUCUGGGGAGGGGGGACUGAGCAAUCGCACCUCAGGGGAGCACGUCCCCCCCUUCAAGCCAAGGGUUCUGCCAGGGGCAAAAAGGAAAAAAAACAAACCCCACCCAAAUGAACCACGUUGACCCUGGAGUAUUUUAAGUGCGUAUUAUGAAAAGAAAAUAUUUUUAUGGAUUCUUAUUCUUUUAUAAUUAUGAGUGUAAGAUGUAGCGACUCAUUAAAAUAUUGGAAAGAGGCUGGCUGGCGUUUGUGCUGGAGCGCGGGAGAGGGCUCGGGAGGGAACGGCAGCUGGCGCCCGGCAGCCACAGCCGUGCCUGGCGAAAGCAAAGCGCUCUGUUCAGUUUUUGUGCCGAGCAGUGGAGAGAAUAUUAAAUCCUUGAUGUUCCUCAGGGGAAGCAUGAUCCAAGCAAUUGCAGAUGCAGGGUGGAGAGUUGGGAAUCCUGGACCGUGCUGUUAGCUCUGCCGUUGAGGCACUGCACGACCUUGAGUCGGACAUCUCGUGCUUGCGAAUCCUUCUGUUCCUCGCCCAGCACCCCAGCUUCCAAGGGGGAGGCAGCUGCUCCCAUCCGAGCGCUUCCAAGUUCUCGCAGCUCUGAUCCCACGCUAGAGCACACGGAGCUGCUUUGUGCAGGUGCCGGGCCUGCCUCUGCUCGCCCUCUCAAGCUUAAAGCUUACAAAACCUGGCCUUACUCUUUGCCUUCCCCUGUGAGAAUCGGGCAUUAAUUAAAGCGCUGUUAAAUGCCCUGUGGGUGCAAGCUGGAGGCUUCUGUUUUAAAUGGAAAGCAUCUUGCAGCUGGAGCCUUUUGCUUUCUGAAUAUCCAUUGCCCCCUUCUCAUCCCUGUGUCCAAAGAAUUGGCCCAACUCUUGCCGUUGUGGUUUUGGCUGCUACUGUGCACCCUGUUGAGUAACUCCUGGUGCAGCGUUUGAGGUCGGAGGGGCAAAAAGGAGCUGGAAUGGAGGAAGGUGCACAGCUCUGAAGAUUGCUUGAGAGAAACCUGCUGACAGAAAAGUUGCUCCCCUUUCUCCCUGCCACCUUUAGAGCCGGGUGGGUGCCAGCAGAUGGUAAGAUGCUUUAUUUUGCAGGGCUUGUUUCUUUUUAGUCUUAAUCUGAACUGCUUUUUCCUUUCCCAAAAGAGCAAGUGUUUCUUAAAAUGACUGCAAUGCACUCUUAAUAUUCUCUCUUCUAUAAGAGUUUAUAGAUCUGGUGGCUCCUUUGAUCCUCCAAGCCUGCUUCUGAGGCUGUAGGAUUGUUUGACGCCAUAAAAAGGGUUGGUUUUCUUCUUUUGGGGACUGAGAAUCCUGAGAGUCAUUAACUGGGAAAUCACCUUCUGCAGUCCUGAGUUUUUUGGAUAUGGAACAGGCUCUGCUGGGGAUUGAAAUCCAAGUGAUGUGGGAGGCGCCCACCCAGCUGUCCUGGGGGAAAGGUGAUGGGAGGAUGCAGUGUGGUGCAGCUGGGCUCAGGGCAUCUCUCUCAGAUGGAGGAUUUGCAGCUGUACUGAGAAGCUGAGUUAAUUUCCUGAGCGAGCAGUAACGGACAGAGGAAGCAGCCAGCGUUGAAAUGGGUGCUGAGGAAA